CGAUUUAUCUGCAGUCAUGAAUUUUUGGCUUUUAAUCUGGAGCUCCAUUCUCAUAUUUAAGUGUAUGAGAUGCGAGGAGAGGAACUUUCGCGUUUACAUCGAUGAAGUUAACAUUACACAAGUAGAUACAGAUUUGUAUGAAAAAUUUGAGUGCAAGGUUUACCAAGUGGACAAUCGCACCUAUAUGGAUUCGAGUCAUAUUUUCAAACGCACCGUUGACGAUAUAACCGUGCAUGCCGCCCUGGAUUUUUGGAAGCUGAACAGCAAGCAGAAAAUGAAGUUAUAUGAUGUUGAGUUUGAUGGAUGCUACAUUCUGGAAAAUUCUAACAAGAACCGAUUGUUCAAUAUGUUCGUAAAAAAUUUGAAAAAACAUUCAACUGUAAAAUUCAAAUGCCCCUUUCAAGCCAAUGUGAACUAUGAAUUUAAGAACUUGACGAUGAGCGAGCAGGAUUUUCCUUCGUUUGUACCUCUCGGAAAAUUCCGAUCCCUAAUUGAGUACAUCACAAAUCAAAAGUUGAGGUCUCGAGUCAUCGCAAGUGGAAAAAUUUCGCCGUAUCCAACUGACCCCUUUAAAGUACUAGAAUGA